CCAUGCUGUACAGUAACAUGGCGGUCUGAUGUGAGUUUCAGAAACCGGAAUCAGGUUCAAACAACGCGGCGGGGACUGUCCAUAUUGUACCUCACGAGAAAGAAUAACCGCUACAAUCACAUGCCCGGUAUUUCUCCAGGGCUCCGGUGAUAUUACGCGGAUUACACCCCGGUUCCAGAUUUGGGACUCGAUCCCGAGUGACCGGAUUCUAGUUUCCCGGUUUCGGUACGAGGUUUUUCAGCCUUCGCCACCGGACCAGGAAGCCUCAGAUUCCUGCAGGUUGGAGCUCAUUCAGAGUGAGAAGACUCCAUACAUGAGGAGGCUCCUGACAACACCACCAGAGCACAACAAACCCAGGGGUUAUGGAUCCUGUUGACUCUGGAAAAGGGCCAGAGAGUUGCCACUUAUCACCCAGCUCAAGAAAACGCAAGAAAAAUUCCAAAUAUUUGGAUUAUGAAACUGAAGAGGUGAACGAUGUGCAACGAUCUCCGCGAAACACACGGAGAAAGAGCUCACGAGGAAAAGGACGAGGAGCAGCUUCUGAAAAGUCUCCGGUGAAGAAUGGAAGUAAUGAGGAUACCACACAACAGACCGAAGAUGGGGAAGAAGAGGAAACACUUCCAGAGUCGGAUGAAACUCCUAAAAAGGCAGUGAGAGCAAAGAAGACUCCGGCCAAAAAGACUCCGGCCAAAAAGACUCCGGCCAAAAAGACUCCAGCUAAAAAAACUCCGGCCAAAAAAACACUUGCUAAGAAAACCCCCGCCAAACAAACUCCCACCACUGCUGAGAGUCUCCCAACUGGGGAGGGUGGGAUUGAGGCUGCUGUGGAGCAGGAAAAUGGGACCCCAAAGCCUAAGAGAAAGUAUGUGAAGAAGCAGCAGCCUGUAAAGGAAGUCGCUCCAGAGGAACCUUCGAAUGAAGCCGAGGAGGAGAUGACGCCGAGCGGACGCCGCAGGAGAGGAGCUGCAAAAGUGGCAUUGCAGUACCUCCAGAAUUUCGCAAAAGAACAGCUCUGUCAUCCCAACGACGAGUCGGGCUCACAGCCGAGGAACAAGAGUGCCACAGAGCGGAAAAGUCUCAAAGGAAACAAAGGGCGUAAAGGCAAAAAGCGGAAAUGUGCAGACUCUGACUCUGGAGAAGACGAGGACUUUGUUCCAGAUGCUGCUGAUGAAGAGGAGGAGGCUGAGGAGGAGACGGACAAUGAAGACGAAGCAGCAUCGGCGGAAUCGGCCUCAGACUCCGAGGCGUUUGGAAGAACUCCAGGAUCCUGUAAUGUGAACCGAGGCUCUGCGGGCCCGUAUUUCAGAACCCCCAACGGACUCCACAGCGGCAUCAUGAAGACUGUUUGGGAAGCUACUGAGACCACCAAGAACUUCCGGGAGGAGCACUACAGCAGCUGGGAGUUCCCAGAGUGGAUCCCCUCCUCCAGUGACUGGAACCUCGUACCUCAGAGUGAUGUGGAGAAGUACCUGCCUCAGGAGCUUCAGUCGGCGGCCUUCAGAGUGUCCAGAGACGGCCUCAGUAAGGAGGAGACGCCUCUGCAGAGACUCAGCAGGUUCUCUGCACUGCCGGCCCACCAGGAGCGCUGGGACAUGUUGCUGUAUGCUGGAGGACCGGUCUGGGCCAUGGAGUGGUGUCCCACCCCUGACGGAGCUCCGGCCUCGCAGUACCUCGCUGUGUCCUGCCAUCGCGGGAUGGACGACCAGCACUGCUUCAACAAGAUGUACGGAGGCCCUGCGCUCGUCCAGCUGUGGGACCUCGGCCCGCUGAAGUACAACUGCAGACCCAACUCUCCUCCAGCUUUGGCCUACGGCUUGGCUCAGGACAAAGGCUUCAUCUGGCAGCUGAGCUGGUGUUCUGCAGGAGGCUGGGAGCCCCCCACCUGUGGCAGGAAGGCUCCUUUCCUGCCCAGACUGGGACUCCUGGCUGUUGCUACCUCCAAUGGUGUGGUCACCAUUUAUAGCCUGCCCCACCCUGAUGCUCUGCACACCAACAAGAAGCAGGCUGGGAAAGACGGUGAACAGUUGGCGAUAUAUAAGGCAGAGGGAGUGUUAACGCUGAAGCUGGGCUCCUUCAAAGCGCCUCGCCACGAACGGAGCGGACAAGUCCUGUGCAUGGAUUGGCUGCCCGAAAAACCACACGAUAUAAUUGCUAUUGGAUUUUACGAUGGAAUGGUGGGUCUUUGGGAUCUGAACACGAAGUCGGCGCUGUUGCGAGUGCGAGAGCCGGAUAACUCGCUCAGCUUGCUGCCGUAUCGAUGCUUCCUGGCUCACGACCACGCCGUCCGGGCCCUGGACUUCUGUCCCGCUUCCAGACACCUGCUGGUGACGGCAGGAGAGGACCGCUAUCUGAAGACGUGGGAUCUGAGGAGGCUCUACAACCCCAUUACUGUUCAGAAACGCCACCUCACCACGGAGGUCUGCUGGCCUUUGAAUGCACCGGGACUCCUGUUGUCUCAGGAGAACGCCUAUGCAGGUUACUUUUCGCAGGGGGUGCAUUACUUUGACCAUCAGAUGCGCUCUGUCUUUGCCAUUCCCCGGACAGGCACUCUGUGGUCCUUAUCCUACACAGAGUGGAUGAACAUCGUAAUGACAGCAGACAGUGUGGGAGAGGUGAUCCUCUUCCUGUUACCUCAGAUCAGCAUCGCUGCGUCAUACGUCAAACGCACUUUAGAGAGACGCUUUCCCCUUUACAUCACUUCUCUGGAGCCUCAUGAUGCACCGACAGAAGAAAAUCAACAGCUUGAAGGAGUGGAAGAAGGAGAUGAUGUUCAAGCAUCUGAAGGAGGGAAUGAGAACAAUAAUGUAAACGGAGGAAGUGUUGGAAAUGAUAAUGGUCUUUCUCUGCGCAUCCAGACGUACAAAGAUGCUGAGAAGAGAUUCUACCUCCACCACAAAGACAUCAACACGGUAAGCUUUGCAGGAAGUGAUAAGGGAGCUUUGUGGAAACACAUGAAAAACACGGAGCUGAAGAGGAAGCUGACCUUGGAUGAGAUGCCAAUGGCUGCAGUACACAAGGUGCGUUUCAACCCCAACUUGUGCUGCCACACCUGGCUGGUGUCGGGGGGGCAGGCGGGGCUGGUGAGAAUAAUCUGUCUGAGGUCGAUGAUCAGCGCCCAGGCCAAGAAGAUCAUAAGUGAGAAACAGACUCAGUUCAACCAAAAGUACGCCACGAAACAGAAGGAGGCGGACGUCGACGCCGGGAAAGAGGAUCUAUAGCAGGAGCUUCACCACAGGAUCAGAAGGUGGAGCACAAACACAGGCGGGAAAGAACUUGUACUUUUCAAUUCAUUCAUGGUUUAUCAGAACUUCUUUUCUGCAGGGUUUACAUUCGAGAGUCUAAAGGCAAGGAAUGAUUGAUUCUGCAGGUUUUGGGUCAUUUUUCAACAAGAGCAGCUCUUUCAGGAACUCUGAAUCUGUUUCAUAUCUUCUCCAUGUUAUUGGAGAACACAGGUAAGAGUUUCCUGCUGAUACCUCAACACCUCCACACUCUAAAACGUGUGUUAGCACUGAACUAAACAGCUCUUUUACUUCCCAACAAACGUCUCAUAGGCACGGCAAGGUAUCAUCAACUUGACACUUUAUUUUCUGCAAAGGAGUUUGAGCAGCGGGGGGGGAAAACGCCUUCCUUAUUGUGCAUCAAAUGAGCAUUUUACACAUUAGAAUAAUUGAUUCCAAUGCAGGUUUCUGCUCCAGUUUCCCUUAUCUGGCACACAAAUUGCAAACAUACCAGUGAAUUUAUUCUUGACAGCAGUCGAAAGUAAUAAUAUCAGCUUCAUAAAGUCAACUUCUCUCAGGAAAAGUAGUAAAUAUCUGCAGCUUUUCUAAAAUAAUACCAACAAUAAAAUACUCUCUUUUUUUGUUGACCUCCACUAGAGAAUGUAGUUUCAGGUGCGUCAGACUUUUUAGUUUCUUCAUACCAACAACAUGCUACUUACUAUCGUUCGCACUUGAGUCAGUAAAAUGCAAAGCAGACAUCCAUAAUUAUUAUUCUGUACUUGGUGCAGAAAUGAAAACAAAAAUGUGUGUAUUCACAAAUCCAAAUGAACGGCCGAGGUGCAUGUUGUGAGCAACUGAACGCUAAAACCCUCGCGCCUUUUCUCCUCGUUUUUUAACUUAUUUUAGCAAAGUUUUGAUCUAGUUUCCAGACAUUCCACUGCAGUUUAUGUUCAUUAGUGUUAUUAACGAGAACGUUCAGCACGUUCAAUUACGUUCUGUAGUUGUUGUGACGUUGUUAUCCGAAGCCAACGAUCAUCACGCGUGUCAGUUUCGGUUCCUCCUAGUUUUAGAGUUUCUUCACAACAUGCUACUUGUUUUUUUUUCCCCCCACAGUUAAAGAAACCCCCAAAAUCUUUUCCAACUUCAUCGUUGAUUGUACCUUUUUAAAGGAACAGUACACUCCAAAAAAUUGAUAUGUAAUACUCCCCUCCUUAGGCUCUAAAUGGACCCAGAUUAGGAGACUCCCGAAAAAGUAAAACAGCAACAAAUUAAAUUCUAAAUUGUCUGAAAAACUUCUUGUGCAUCAGUCAGUGUCUCCUAUCGGGGAAUCAUGGAUAUCCAAAAAUAUGUAGUUCUACUAAACUGCUGCUUCAUAAAGGAAGGACUUUUUUGUCCAACUGAGCAAUAAUAAAGCAAAUGUAGUGUUGAUUUUCCAUGGGCCAACAAAUGGAUACAAAAUACUUGGACAAUGAUGCACAGGAAGCUUUUUUCGGUCCUUUUUAUCACCUUUUUGCUGCCUUUUUAUUCAAAUUAUAUCAAAAUUGGUUUGCUCUGACAUCCUUUUAUUUUCCAGGGUCUUCACUCUCCUAAAAACCAUUGAUUUUACAAAAAAAACACAAAGAUCUGAGGCAAAAAGAGCCCAGAGAGGGGAACGAUAUACAUAUCUUUUAUUGCUUUUGGCUGAAUCUGUUCCUUUAAGCUCAAUUUUGCUGCUGAAAUUCUUUCUUUGCUCAGUUUUCUUUUAUAUUAUAUCAAGAACUUAGGCUUGAGGGGAAAUACUUGAACUUUUGUAUUGCACCUCUGGAUGUUUCUAAAUGAGUUUUUAGGCCUUCUCUUGGUUUUGUCUUUUCUUCACGUUGUUGUUUUUCUGAUGAAGGUUUUGUUGUUUUUUUAAAUGAGAGGAGCUGCUGUAUUGUGACAUGACCUAAUUUAUUUUUCCAGUGUGUACAAAACAAAUUGUUAUUGUUUACAGACGCAGCUGUCUUUCUUUUAGAGGUUGUCAUAUUAAGUUAAACGAAGGGGUGAUAUGAUAACACCAUGAUAUCGUCGUCAGUCCUUAACUUUGUAAUGACUGACGACGAUAUUAAGUUGUAAGUCUUAUCUUAAAAUCAUCAGAAUGUACAGCCACUUCUGUCUUGUUAUCUUUGAAAUGUUUAAAUAUUAAAUGUUUUUGUAAUAAAAAUAUAUAUUGAAUACAUAUUAAA